AUGGUGGAGAAAGCAUGGGUACAUCUUAGCAGAGCGGAUCCUGCUUAUGAAAGUGGGGCUCGACAUUUUGUACAAUCUGUGGCUGCUGCAUUAGGAGACUGCAGUGAUCUGAUGAUAUGUCCGUGUAUUGAUUGUCGAAAUAUAGUUCGUCAAUCAGGUAGAGUUGUAGUAGAGCAUCUUGUCACAAGGGGAAUGGAUGAGGCUUAUAAGAUUUCUAGGGAUUGGUAUCAUCAUGGGGAAGUUAUUUCAGAGUCUGAAAGUGAAACCAACUUCAAUCAUCAAUGGAAUGAUGAGAUUUUUGGAUUGUAUAGAGCUGUUGAGUAUUUCGAAGAAGAGAAUGAUAUUAAGGAUUACUUCUGUGAGGAUGACGAUGGUGAAGAUAAGAGGGAAGAUGAAUUCUAUGCAAAGCUAGCAGAUGCUGCAACUCCUUUAUACCCAAACUGUGUAGCCGAUAGCAAGCUGUCAGCCAUUGUCAAACUGUUUAGAUUGAAGACCCAAAAUGGCUGGUCCGACAAGAGCUUUAAUGAUCUGCUAGAGACAUUAAAGGAGAUGUUGCCCAAGGAUAAUGUGCUUCACACGUCAUUGUAUGAUGUGAAAAAGUUUUUCAAAUCUUUUGAUAUGGGUUAUCAAAAGAUACAUGCUUGCGUAAAUGAUUGUUGUCUGUAUAAAAAGAAGUACAAGACCUUAGAUAGUUGUCCAAAAUGCAAGGCUUCAAGGUGGAAGACUAAUACCCAAACUGGUGAGGUCAAGAUAGGUAUUCCAGAAAAAGUACUACGGUAUUUUCCGAUAAUUCCCCGGUUGAAAAGGAUGUUCAGGUCUGAGGAGAUGGCUAAAGAAUUAAGAUGGCAUUUCACUAACAAGAGCAGUGAUGGAAAACUGCGUCACCCGGUAGAUUCUGCGACUUGGGAUCAAAUGAACCACAAAUACCCAUCCUUUGCAGCAGAAGAGAGGAAUCUGAGGCUUGGACUUUCCACUGAUGGAUUCAAUCUGUUUGACGUGAACAAUAGUACUUAUAGUUGCUGGCCUGUGCUGUUGGUAAAUUAUAAUUUGCCUCCUAACCUAUGCAUGAAGGAGGAUAAUAUCUUACUCACGUUGCUUAUCCCUGGUCCACAUCAGCCUGGUAAUAGUAUUGAUGUUUAUUUAGAGCCCCUCAUAGAGGAUCUAAACCAUCUGUGGAACAAUGGAGAGUUAGCAUAUGAUGCUUACAGUAAAACUAGUUUUACUCUUAAGGCGAUGCUUCUCUGGACUAUUAGUGACUUUCCUGCCUUUGGAAAUCUAGCAGGCUGCAAAGACCUCCCGGUAAGGCAUAAUUUGGAUGUAAUGCAUGUAGAGAGAAAUGUGGCAGCAAGCAUUGUCUCCACAUUAUUGCAUUGUGGGAAAUCUAAAGAUGGUCUUCAAGCUCGCAAGGACCUACAGGAUCUUGGUAUUAGGAAAGAUUUGCACCCGACUAUCUAA